AUGCUUUUUUUCUCUUUCUUUGUUGCUUUUAAUUGGCAGAAGGGCAAAACCCUUCGCGAGCCGGAAUUGGUCCCGGCGCUUGGGGUUGUUGACACCUCGUCUAAGCGUUUCUUUCAUUUUAAUGUUGAUUUCAUCCUUCUUAUUUUUCUUUUUUAUACUGCUAAUUAUAAUGUUCUUUUCAACCUUACUGUUCUUCUUUUUCAUUAUCACCAUUUCUUUCACAUUUCUGUUCGUAUUUAUUACAACGAUUCUUUCAUUAUAACGUUUCCUUCAACCUUUCUGUUCUUUUUCAUUAUAACGUUUCUUUCAAACGCUGUCUUCCUCUGUUUUCAUUAUAACUUUUCUUUCAUUGUAACAUUUCUUCAUUGUAACGUUUCUUUCAAGAUUUCUGUUCAUUUUCAUUAUAACGUUUCUUUCAUUGCAACUUUUCUUUUAAGAUUUCUGUUCAUUUUCAUUAGAACGUUUUUCAUUCGUUUCUUUUAUCAUAACGUUUCUAUCAAUCUUUCUGUUCUUUUUCAUUAUAACGUUUCUUUCAUUGUAACGUUUCUUUUAAAAUGUCUGUUCAUUUUCAUUAUAACGUUUCUUUCCUUUUUUCAUUAUAAUGUUUCUGACAUCUUUUCUUCAUUUUGUUCAAACACCGCAUCUUUCAAUCACCCGCUCGAUUCGCUAUCAAUUUGUUUUCUUCAAAUCAACGCCAUUUUCUUUCCUUGUUUUCUUGCGUUCCAAUCGAAUUAUUUAAAUGACUUUUUCUCUUUCAUGCAAAUUUGUUUUAGGAAAUUUCUUUCCUUUAUAUUUUCUUCUUUUUAUUCAAAUUUUGGAUUCUUCAUCUCCAUUCGGUUCUUCUUCGAAGUGUCCUCUCUUCAUUUUCUCUUAUAUCUAUCUGUUUCUAACUUUCUUCAGUAUUUUCAUCAUUCAAAUCUUCCUGCAUUCGGUUCAUCAGAUUCCUUCAAUUUUUCCUUCUUUUUUUUUAUUCUUAUUUACACUUUUUACAUUUUCGGACUGUUAUAUUUUUAUUAUCUGUUCUUUCUUCCUUUUUCUUUUUUCCUCGUAUCGUUUCGUUUUCUUUCUUUUUCAUUUCUUUUCAUUUUCCUUUUUUUCUUCCUUUUUCUUUUUACUUUUCUGUCUUCCUCUCUUCUCUUUUCUUCUUUCAUUUUUCGCAUUUUUCCUUUCUUUCUUUCUUUCUUUCUUUCUUUCUUUCUUUUCUCUACUGUCGUUUCGAAAUGGACAGCUUCUUUCUUCUUUCUACUCUACCCAUCUUUCUUUCUCAUUCUCUUUUCGCUCUUAUGUUCUCUGUCUUUCUUUCUUUCUUUCUUUUUUCUUUCUUUCUUUCUUUCUUUCUUUCUUUUCUCUACUGUCGUUUCGAAAUGGCAGCUUCUUUCUUCUUUUUCUACCCAUCUUUUUUCUCAUUCUCUUUUUCUUAUGUUUCUCUGUCUUUCUUUUCUUUCUUUUUUUCUUUCUUUUUCUUUCUUUCUUUUCUUUCUUUCUUUUCUCUACUGUCGUUUCGAAAUUGACAGCUUCUUUCUUCUUUCUUCUUUCUUUCUCAUUCUCUUUUCGCUCUUAUGUUCUCUGUCUUUCUUUCUUUCUUUUUUUUUCUUUCUUUCUUUUCUUUCUUUCUUUAUUUUCUCUACUGUCGUUUCAGAAAUUUUCUUUCUUCUUUUCUUACCCAUCUUUUUUCUCAUUCUCUUUUUUCUUAUGUUCUCUGUCUUUCUUUCUUUCUUUCUUUUUCUUUCUUUCUUUUUUCUUUCUUUCUUUUUCUACUGUCGUUUCGAAAGUGACAGCUUCUUUCUUUUUCUACUCUACCCAUCUUUCUUUCUCAUUCUCUUUUCGCUCUUAUGUUCUCUGUCUUUCUUUCUUUCUUUUUUUUUCUUUCUUUCUUUCUUUCUUUCUUUUUUCUUUCUUUCUUUUCUCUACUGUCGUUUCGAAAUUGACAGCUUCUUUCUUCUUUCUACUCUACCCCAUCUUUCUUUUCUCAUUCUCUUUUCGCUCUUAUAUUUCUCUGUCUUUUUCUUUCUUUUCUUUUCUUUCUUUCUUUCUUUCUUUUUUUUCUCUACUGUCGUUUCGAAAUUGACAGCUUCUUUCUUCUUUCUACUCUACCCAUCUCUUUCUCAUUCUUUUUCGCUCUUAUGUUCUCUGUCUUUCUUUUUCUUUCUUUUUUUCUUUUCUUUCUUUUCUUUCUUUCUUUUUUUUCUUUCUUUUCUUUCUUUCUUUUCUUUUCUUUUCUCUACUGUCGUUUCGAAAUUGACAGCUUCUUUCUUUUUCUACUCUACCCAUCUUUCUUUCUCAUUCUCUUUUCGCUCUUAUGUUCUCUUUUCUCUCUUUUCUUUCUUUUUCUUUCUUUCUUUCUUUUUCUUUCUUUCUAUCUUUCUUUCUUUUUCUUUCUUUCUUUUCUCUACUGUCGUUUCGAAAUUGACAGCUUCUUUCUUCUUUCUACUCUACCCAUCUUUCUUUCUCAUUCUCUUUUCGCUCUUAUGUUCUCUGUCUUUCUUUCUUUCUUUCUUUUUUCUUUCUUUCUUUCUUUCUUUCUUUCUUUUCUCUACUGUCGUUUCGAAAUUGACAGCUUCUUUCUUCUUUCUACUCUACCCAUCUUUCUUUCUCAUUCUCUUUUCGCUCUUAUGUUCUCUGUCUUUCUUUCUUUCUUUUUUCUUUCUUUCUUUCUUUCUUUCUUUCUUUUUUCUACUGUCGUUUCAGAAAUUGACAGCUUCUUUCUUCUUUCUCUCUACCCAUCUUUCUUUCUCAUUCUCUUUUCGCUCUUAUGUUCUCUGUCUUUCUUUCUUUCUUUUUCUUUCUUUCUUUCUUUCUUUCUUUUCUUUCUUUCUUUCUUUCUCUACUGUCGUUUCAGAAAUUGCUUCUUUCUUCUUUCUACUCUACCCAUCUUUCUUUCUCAUUCUCUUUUCGCUCUUAUGUUCUCUGUCUUUCUUUCUUUCUUUUUUCUUUCUUUCUUUCUUUCUUUCUUUCUUUUCUCUAAGCUUCUUUCUUCUUUUUCUACUUCUUUUUUUUUUCUUUUUCGCUCUUAUGUUUCUCUGUCUUUCUUUCUUUCUUUUUCUUUCUUUCUUUCUUUCUUUCUUUCUUUUUUUUCUUUCUUUUUUUUCUUUCUUUCUUUCUUUUUUCUCUUCGUUUCAUUCUUUUCUUUCUUUCUCUACCCAUCUUUCUUUCUCAUUUCUUUUUUCGCUCUUAUGUUCUCUGUCUUUCUUUUCUUCUUUUCUUUUUCUUUCUUUCUUUCUUUCUUUUUUUCUUUCCUCUACUGUCCUUCUUUCUUCUUUCUACUCUACCUUCUUUCUUUCUCAUUCUCUUUUCGCUCUUAUUUUCUCUUCUUUUCUUUCUUUCUUUUUUUUUCUUUCUUUCUUUCUUUCUUUCUUUCUUUUCUACUGUCUUUCUCUUUCUUUUUCCUUUCUUUCUUUUCUUUUCUCUGCUGUCGUUUUGAAAUUGACAGCUUCUUUCUUUUUUUACCCAUUUUUCUUUCUUCCUUUCUUUCUUUCUUUUCUCUGCUGUUUGACGGCUUCUUUCUUUUUCUACUUUCUUUCUUUCUCAUUCUCUUUUCGCUCUAGUGUUCUCUUUAUUUCUUUCUUUCUUUCUUUCUUUCUUUCUUUUCUCUACUAUUUUCUUUUCUUUAUUUUGUCUUUUUUCUUCUUUUCUUUUCCUUCUCGCUUUACUUUGUACUUUUCUUUCUUUUUCAUUUCUUUUUUCCUUUUUUUUUGUAUUCUUUCCUCCUUUUUUAUAUUUUUCAUUGUUCCAUCUUUCUUCUUCCUUUUCUUUCUUUCUUUGAUACGUUUUCUGUUUCUUUUCUUUGCCCUUUUUUUCAUAUUUUCUUUCUGUCAGUGUUUUUUUUUUUUUUAUUUUCUAUUCACUUAA